AUGAUCCCUUCGGUCCCUCGGGGGGAAGAGUAUCCGGGAGCACUUGUUCCCUUGGGUCAUGCGCAUUCCCGAGGUACCCAUUCUCCCAUCCGAAUGCUUCCGAUGGUCCAUUUCCCUUUCCCAUUUAUAGGCACUACCCGACCUCUCUUCUACUCGACCCCGGCAUGGGCAACAGUCAUGACACCAGCCAUCUUUACUGCAUUCACCUUUCUCUCAAACGUCCAUGCAAGUUGGCCUCAAAUACCGUGA